UGCUUCAGUUCAGACGAAUAUCGAUCGUGAAAUAUAAAUUAUCCAACAUGAUUAAACAAAACUUAAAGAUUCUUAUUUUAUUCAGUUUGAGUUUUAAGUCUUACCAUUUACAACCGGUUGAGUUUACGGCCGAGAACGGUGUGCUGGUGGAGGAUGAGCUGGACUGGAGCCGGGCCAAUUGGAAUUUGGUGAUCCCUUGGCUGUUGCAACGCCAGCAGAUGCGCCUCUGUGUGGCAGUUGCCAGAUUCGAUGAGCGCCUGGUGCCCGGAACGGCCUGCGAGGAAUUAUUGUCCGAUGGUUUUUUGAUGGCCACCUGCGAUAUUGGCAAUAUCGAGGAUAUUACCAUGACCAUGCGCGGAGCCUUUGGCGGAACGCUGUUGGACACGUUUCGCAAAUGCCGGCCUGGCCUGGAGCUUUUCGGGAUGCGUUGCAGGCGAAGGGCGUGAAAAGAACCAGCAAGUGUUGCAAAAAUAUUCCAUUUCCCAAAAGAGAAAUUUAAUUUUCCGACAAAGUUUAAAGUCAAUUUUAUUUAUAUAAAAUAAAUUAUUAGCUUCCUAAGUUGUUAAUCAUCUUCAGAACGUUUUCAAAAUAAACCUUCUUAACUUAA